AUGGAAAUGGUGGAUUCUAUAGGGGCAUCGGGUGGACUGGGUAUAAUGUGGAAAAAGAACUUAGUUGCAUUUACAUGCCAUACCAAGAUGCAAAACUGGAUGGCUGGUAAAGUAAGAGCCCUUAGCCUAAAUAUUGAGUUUUUCAUCAUAAAUGUAUAUGGCCCAAUUCCAACAGAUAAAAAGAGAUUAGUUUGGCAGGAAAUUGAAUGCUUCUUAAACAAUCAGGAUGAGAAACACAUAAUCAUAGGUGGUGACUUCAACACCAUCUUGUACUCAACUGAUAAAAGUGGUGGGAUAAAAACCAUAAGACAACCACAAAGAGACUUUGCAAAUUGGAUAAAUAAUAAUAACCUUCUAGAAAUCAGGACUGAGAUGGGUUUUCACACAUGGAAUAAUAGAAGAAAAGGUUUCUCCAACAUUGCAGAAACACUUGACAGAUUGUUUCUCAAAGGAGACCUGACUGACCUCAAAACAGAAUUAAAAACUACCGUAUUUCUAUGGUCAGGCUAUGAUCAUUACUCGAUGCUAUUAGAACUUAUGGGGGAAGCAAAGAAAACUGGGUGCCCUUUCAAGUUCGAAAUGAUGUGGUUUACACAUGAAGACUUCCUCCGCAACAUACAAAAAUGGUGGAAGGAUAGUGUCUUCGAAGGAUCUAAAAUGUAUUGUCUUGUCUCUAAGCUAAAAGAGAUUAAACACAAACUGUUAGAAUGGAACAAAAAGAAAUUCAAAAACAUCUUCGAGGAGAAGUCGAGAAUUGAAAAAGAAAUGGAAACAAUGAAUAACAUUGUGAUGCAAUACGGGAUGACCCUUGAAACAUACGAGGCUGAAAAAAAGCUUUUAUGUGAAUAUAAAGGUAUUCUGGCUCGAGAAGAGAUACAUUGGAAACAUAAAUCUCGAGAGACAUGGCUAGAAGAUGGAGACAAAAACACUAAAUUUUUCCACAACAAUGUCAAAAUGAAAAGGGAAGUAAAUAAGAUUACUCAGAUCAUCAAUGACAGUGAUCAGAUCAUUACGUAUCAAAAUCUGAUAGCAGAAGAUGCUACCAAGUACUUUGAAAACAUUCUCAAUAACUGGGACCACUCGGACCUUCCUAACAAUAGAAUCUUAUUGAAUAACAUACCCAAAUUAAUAACAAAGGGUGAUAAUCAAGUUUUGAACUACAAAAUCACCCAUGAAGAAGUCAAAACUGCUUUGGCACAAUUUCAAGGAGAUAAGGCCCCUGGACUGAAUGGCUUCCCUGCUGGGUUUCUUCAGAAAUGUUGGCACAUGUUAGGGGACGAGGUUACUAAUGCCUUGGAAUCUGCCUGA